AUGACCUACAACAUGGAGAUUCGCCUUCUAGAUAUGGGUCCCAGGCAUCGAGUAGCAGAUAGAAGCAAAGCAGAUUGUUCUGAUAAUAUUGCUGGCUCAAAUUCCAUGUUGAUCACUCCGAGCAUCAUCUGUGAUAAGCCGUUGCCCCUGCCUUCAAUAUGCGACGGCCAUAUUUCGUUUCUAAAAGUAUCUGCAUUGCUUGAAGAACUUGAUUCGCUCUUAAACUGGGUACCAGACCCCUAUGUGACCUGCCCCCCACCUUACGAUGAUGCUCUGGGUGACCUGCCGCCUGAGUACAUUGUAGAAGAUGCUCCUUUGGCCAGAAAGGAUCCACCGAGGUGCGCCUUUCUACCAAGCCCAGACCAUGAGGCAAAAGGCGCCCUCAGCAAACCUGCCAAUCGAUUGAUUGACUGGAAUGACUCUUCUCGAUUCAAAGGUUGCGCCGGGAAGAAGGGAAAGAAAGCCAAAGCCAACAACAAGAAAUCUGGUGGUAAUUCUGGUGGAGGCGGCGGGAAUAACGACCCACCCCCAAAUGAAAAUGAUGCAGCUGAUGAAGGCGGCGCUGACGCGGGCGCAGGGGCCGGCGGUGAUGGCGGAGACGGCGGUAAUGGGGGCGACGGCGCAGGAGGUGGGGAUGGAGAUGGUGGCGAGGACGAAUUUUGGAAUGUGAGCAGUAGCAAAAAGAAAAAGAGUAAGAAGAAGAAACAGGAAGAGGAGGAAGAGGAAGAAAGGAAGCGAAAAGAAGCGGAGGAGGAGGAGGAACGGAAGAAAAAAGAGGAGGAAGAGCAAAAGGCCAAACAAGAGGAGUUGUUUAAUCAGACCAACAAUAAUCUUAGCUGGGCAGACGAUGCUGAGCAGGAUGAUUCAUGGUUCACUCCGACCACGAAAAAGAAGAAAGGGAAGAAGGGGAAGGCUUCGGAUCCAGCCCCUGCUGCAGCAGAGAAUACGCAGUCGAACUCCUUUCAGGACAUCAGUCUGGAUGAUGUACCUCAGAUUGACCUUUCAUUUGAUAAGCCUUCUGGAGACUCCUUUGAGUUUGGCACCUGGGGCAAAAAUUGGAAAAGCGGAUUUCGCUCAGGAGAACAUGAUGGUGAUAGCGCAGACAAGGGAGAGGACUCUAAAACAAAAGAGCCUGAGUCCACAAACCCUUGGUCUACUACGGGUAAAACGGGGAAGAAGUCAACGAAUAUAUUUGACCUCGACUUUGGCACCAUGGGAAAUGAGGCUGACGAGUCUGCCAUAAACGGCGAUCCUGUAGGCGGUGGAAACGAUGGGGCAGAUGAAUUUUCGUGGACUACUCCGGUAGGAAAGAAAGGCAAGAAGAAAAAGAAAGGAGCUUCCGAUCCAGAGCCAAGCUUUGAUGAUAAUAAAGUGGACGUGAAGGGCAGCAACGAUCUGGGGGAUGCCCCGGUUAUUGUGGACCCUGUUCCUCAAGAUAACGAGCCCAAAGAAUGGGGCGGCUGGAAUGUGACCAAGAGUAAGAAGAAGAAAAACAACGCCCCAGAACUGCCGGAGCCUGAACCUGAACCCCCUGUUGCCGCAGAGCCGGAUCCUCCUGUUGAGGAUACUUGGUCAAUUACCCCAGGGAAAAAAGGCAAGAAAAAGAAGCAGAUCUCAAUCGUCGAAGAAAUUCCGGUUGUAGAGGUGCCUGUUGAAACUAUCGAGGAGGUGAAGGCAGAAACAAAUGCUGAUGCUGCCGCUGAUGAUGAAUUCCUAGAGUGGGCAACUACUUCCAAAAAGUCCAAAAAGAAGAAGGGCAAAAAUGCAGUCGAGGAGGCACCAGCACCUCCGCCUCCGCUCCCGGAAGUGUCAAAAAAAGAUGUCGAUCCGGAGCCCACUGAUGAUUUUACAUGGGAAACCCCCAGUAGUAAAAAAGAUAAAAAGAAAAAGGGAAAAAAUGCACCUGUGGUUGAGGAGCCUCCGCCGCCGCCUCCCGAACCAGAGAAGGCUCCCGAAACAGCCCCUGUCGAUGAUUUGGACGUCUGGGGAACAGCUGUCGGCAAGAAAGGCAAAAAAAAGAAGGGAAAAAAUGUAGUUGAACCUACCCCUGUCGUUUCAGAUCCAGUUCCUGAUCCUCCACCGGAGCCCAAGCCCGAGCCUCCUGCGCCUGCAGAUGAUUUGUGGUCUUGGGAUAAUGUUGGCUCGAACAAGAAGAACAAGGGAAAGAAGGAGAAGACUACAGAAGAAGUCAAGGAGCCUGACCCAGUGCCUGAACCAGAACCUGAAGCUCCAGCCGCUGAAGACUUCUCAUUUUGGGAAACUGGAACGAAGAAGAAAAAAGGGAAAAAGGGGAAGACUACAGAAGAAGUCAAGGAGCCUGACCCAGCGCCUGAACCAGAACCUGAAGCUUCAGCCGCUGAAGACUUCUCAUUUUGGGAAACUGGAACGAAGAAGAAAAAAGGGAAAAAGGGGAAGGCUGACCCUGAACCAGCCCCAGAACCUGUCGCGGAUCCCGAACCCGAAUCGGUACCGGUACUCGAGGCGGAGCCGCUGGUUGAUGAGUGUGCGGUAUCUGGAAAGAAGAAGAAAGGUAAGAAAGGAAAAGAGGUUGUUGAAGAGCCUCUAGCGACAAAGGAUAUAGACCAGACGCCUGCUCCUGAACCAGAACCCGAACCGGAUGUAGCAAAUGCUUUCAGCUGGGCUACUAGCACCACAAAAAAGAAGAAGGGCAAAAAGGGUAAAGAGGAAUCUAUACCCAAUCCCCCGGCGCCUCGUGAACCGUCUCCAGUCCCGGAACCGGCCCCGGAAUCCGAAGCCGAGCCAGUAGAAGAAUGGUCGGCCUGGGGUGACGUGUCGGGCAAGAAGAAGAAAGGUAAAAAAGGAAAGGAGCCAGUAGAGGAAGCUCCAUCCGAACUGAAAGAGAUUGUACCAGAACCUAAACCAGAACCGCCCAAAGCAGAUCCUCUUGACGAUUUUUUCGGAGCUUCCGUGUCAACUAAAAAGGGCAAAAAGAAGAAAGGCAAAGAUCUAGUCGAAGAGCCUCUCCCUGAACCAGUUGUGAGCCCUGAAGAAACGGAGCCUCCACCAGCAGAUGACUGGGCAGAAUUCCCUAUCAGCAAAAAGAAAAAAGGGAAAAAGGGAGCCAGUGACCCUACGCCUCCUGUUAUCGAUGAUAUUCCCGCGCCUCCACCAGCAGAAAAUGACGUAGACCUAAAAUCUUCUUCCAAAAAGGAUAAACGUAAGGCUGGUAAGGGUGCUACUAAGGAAGAAAAUCUCGAAGGCGAUGCUGCAGGUGACGGGUUUGGAGAUGUGGGCUUUGGGGAUCCUCUUUUGAAACUCGACUCUACACCUGAGGUUCCAAAAGAAGAGAGUGCAUGGAACGACGUUGGUGUUAGUAGUAAGAAGAAAAAAGGGAAGAAGGGAGUAUUAUCUUCAGACAAAAAAUCCGUUAGCGACGAUCUUGAGAAGGAUCCUCCUGAGGACACAGGUAAAACAGAAGCAAUUGACCUUCUUGAUGAUAUUGAGCCUUCCAAGUCAACUAAACCUGAUAGUUCAGCUGCGGAUCCAUGGACUUUCUUCGGGGCAUCAAAGAAAACAAAGACCAAGGCCACCAAAACCAAGGGCCCUGAUGGCGAAUUCCCGGUCGAAACUUCACCGCCUCUUGAAGAGCCAACCUUGAGCACCUGGGCCCAGGACUGGGGACUCUCUUCGAAGGAAAAGGCAAAGGACAGAGCCUCGAAGAAUCAAGGAAUUCGUGUCGACGACGUUACAGACUCCGUGGAAACUGGUUUGGUACCUAAGCCAGCGGACGGUAGCCCUUGGGAUAUCUGGGGAAUAUCGAAAACCGCAAAGAAGAAGAAAGGCAAGGAUGAAAGUGAGCUCCCCCCACCUGCCCCUACCCCUCCCACCCAAGGAAUAAACCCAGUUCCACCCAUUCCGAAUUUCGAUGAUGCCGUGGACAUUACGUGGAACUCCUUUAGUGGCUCUGGAAGUAGAGGUCUAAAGCAAGGAAGUCUCUCUCGGAUGACCACGUCGGCCUCCAAAACAUCAAAAUUUGAGAAAUUAAGCAAGACUAAAACUCGCGGACUGGAAGUUGUUGACAUUACUGAUGAACCGGGAACGGAACCUGUCAUAGAGACGAAAUCCACGGACGCAGCCCCAGUCCCUAUUAGUAUCUGGGGUGGAUAUACGAGCACAAGCAAGUCGAAAUCGAGCAAAUCCAAGAAAGAAGAGCCGGCACCGUACCCAGAACCAGAACCGGAGCCUGUUCCAGAACCUGUGCCCGACGAACCGGCCGUCGUUGUCGACGAAGAGCCUCCCCCUGCCGACACCAAAACAAGCAAAAAGAGCAAACGCAAAGCAAAAGCCGCAAACGAGACAAACGCCAAGGCCGUGGUCGACACAGUGGAUGACGUCAGCGGGGAGAGCCCAGAUAAGGCUAGCGCCGGGCCUGCGGAUGACAAAGCAGCGCCAGCGCCCAAAGCGACCACGAGUUCGUCAUCAGCGCGAGUGGGUGCGAAGGCAUCGGUAGCGGAGCGCAUUCGCAUCCUCGAGCAGAAUCGAAAACAGCAGAAGGAGGCUGCGGCAGCCAAGGAAAAGGAGAAGGAAAAGGCUAAGGCGAAGGACCUCCCACCCCCGGACCCCGCCCCUGCACCCGCCCCGCCUGCAGACGAGCCAGUGGAGCCCCCGGCGCAGGAACCCCCAGAGCCCGCUGCAUCGGAAAAAGAGGCGCUUCCAUCAAAACAAUCGAAAAAGGAAAAAAGGAAGUCAAAGAAACAUGCGCCCGUCCCUGAGCCCGUGAUCGACGACGCCCCCGGCCCGCAAGAAUCGGCUCCUGGUAGCUUUCCGAACCUUGAUGAUGAUUUGAUUGAUGUUUCGACCCCAUCGCCCGACCCUCCAACCUUAAAAGCUUCAUCCUCAUCAGCAAAAAAAAUGAAGAAGAACAAGAAAAGCUCCGCGCUGAAGAAGAGCGCCGAACCCGAAAUGGCAUCCCCUCCCCCCUCCCCCAUUGAGCCUGACGAGGCUGAGGGUGGUGAUGCUGAUCCCUCCACGCCAGCUCCAAAGGCCGUGAAAAAGGAGCGCGCUAGGGUAGAGCGCACUGCGGGGGCUACGUGGGGAUUUUGGGGUGCUACACCAAGGAAGUCUCCCAAAAAGGAGAUGAAGGCUGCCGGUGACGAUGAAGCCGCACUGAAAAAGGAGAAAGAAAGACCCACAACACUCAAGAGAUCAAAAUCAGCUGCAACUCGGAGAGAGAAGCCGGAUGGCGGCGAUAGGAGCCCUGAUAAGCUGUCGAUUUCUGAAAAAGAGAAGGAUAGGCGUCCCCCUCUGUCCCGACAAAAUAAAGGCCUGAGUUUCUCCAAUUUCAUGCUUGGAGGUGCGGCCCCAACAAGAACAAGGUCCAUUAAACGCACCAAUGGUGCUUCUCGCCCGGCGUCCCGACGACAAUCUGUUGAUAUUGAUGAUUCGGGUGCUCCUCCUACGCCCCCUGAAGAGUCACCAGAGAUCUCGAGCAAGGCUGCGAAGGUUAUGGGAAUAAGCGACUCAAAACCUUCAAGGCGAAGUUCAAAGAUUAAGAAAAAGGCUGCAGCACCCGACCCCUAUCCAAUCGACGAUGAAGAUAUUGUGAUGGUGAAUUCACCAGAAGUCGCCGAUCCGCCAGCUCCCAAAGAGCCGCGAGACUCUCGCAAGCGAAAAUCUAAAAGAGAGUCGAGAGCCAAGGCGACGGAGCUAGCUGACGAUAUCGUGAUGGUGGAGCCCGGAUCCUCUGGCCACGGACCUGAAGUCGUGUCCGGCCCAGACGACAUUGCAUUCGUAGAAUCCCCAUCUAAAGAACGACCGCCGUUACGCCGAUCUACUACGAUGCCAAAGAAGCCUGAAGGCGGCCUUUUUGGCAUUUUCGGUUCGUUUCGACGGCCUGCCGGCCGUUCCACUGAGCCUCGUGAGCGGGGUAAAUCGAGAUCUUAUUAUGACGAAGACACUAGGAGGCAGACAGAUACAGAGAGAGAGGACGCGAGACGCCUAAGGCGAGAAGAAAAGAAAAGGCGAGCACCCAAACCAGGCACCAAUGGCGAAGAGGCGGAGGCGGAUGGAGCGCCAGCAGCCGGGCCUAACACCGACGCCGAAGAAAUUGAAGCCCGGAAGGCCGAACGACGAGCCAGGCGAGCAGCACAGCACGUAGCAGAGCAAGAGGCUCGCGAAGCUGAAGAGAGGCGCGCCCGGCGAAAGGAAAACGAAAGGCGUGAAGCCCGCGAAAAGCGCGCAAGAGAGGAAGAAGAGCGGGAAGAGCGACGGCGUCAGGAGAAAAAAGCGAGACGGCGAGCAGCCCAAGAAGAGCCCCCUAACAAUGAAGAAGAGCCUCCAGCAGAUGAACCGCGAACCUCCCACCGCCGCUCGAGACACCGGGCCGCCGAAGCCGAUAUGAACGGCGAACCACCCCCAGACCCAAGGGCCCAUCGGCGCCGAUCUUAUGUCGGUGAGAAACAACGAGAUUACCCCGACGACUAUGCAGCAGAGACCCGGCAUCGCCGACAUCGCCGCCCUGACGAUGAAGCCUCAAAAUCCAGACGCCACAAAUCGCGUGAUGAGCAUCAGUCGUCUCGCAAAUCACGAUCGUCUCGCCCUCCCGCCGACCUCCCAUAUCCUGUUAUGAUCAAUGGCGGUAAAGACAAGACCUCAUCCUGGAUCCAUUCGCAAUACACGGAUCCUCCCGAAGUGCCGCCGAUCAUGCCGACCGUUGUUGAUCUCCCCGCGCAGCGUGGAGACGCUAAUAACCACUCCCUCUCCUCAGACGAAGAGGCUCGACGCGCAAUCCACCAUCGAUCUCGGAACCAGGCGAAAUACGAUGACGCAGAUAGAGAGAGGCGUCGACGACAUCGCGAGUCUCGCAGGGUAGCCGAAAAGGAAGUGAGAAGCAGCGAGGGUAGCGGUGACCGCUACCUCGACCAUCGCUAUGAGCCUGAUGGUCGCUAUGCCUAUGGGAACGGUUCCUCGAAAAGGACCAGCUGGUUUAAGAAGAUUACAGGAUUCUGA